UUUUGGUUUUUUAGGCGGCUUGGUGGUCCUCGCAGCCUCGAGUUUUGCUCUGGGUGUAAACAAGACUGCCUUCGGCUGGCCGUAAGGCUGGCAGCGAGCAUGGACCAGUACCCCUUCGACGAUGAGAAUGGGAUUCAUUUGGAGAUGCACCUCCCGGGAUUUCCCGAAAGCCAGGAGCUGCUCUGCAGCGAGGCCCUCGACUGCAACCUCUGCCCGACAGCGAAAGGCGUGAGCUACGCGGGGCUGAGCAGCUUGGACGCCGAUGCGGCCGGCGACGCUCUGGAGGCCGAGCUGAACGUGUUCUCCCUCUACCUGGCGAAGGACUGCGGCUCCGGCCAGCUCCAGGGGUCAGACUGGCAGCCCUGGCAGCAGGGUGAGUGCGCCGCGCUCCGCGUUCUCGCUUCUUUUCAAGGGUCUCUGGCAGGUGGAAGCGGCUGGGGUUAUUUAGGAGCUGCGUGCGGGCGCGGUGCGGAAGGAUCUUUCAGCGAGAAGUGUGUCAUUGCAAAGGUAAAUAAAGCGGCUGUCGCUUUCUCCCUUCUUUCAGAGCCGGAGCUUCCCGCGCUGGCGGGACCGGAGGAGGCUGGAGGAGGCGGCAGCGGAUCGGCGGGGAGCGGCGAGCCUCCCCUGGGCUCUCAGAGCUCGCCGCUGGGCUGCAGCCGCUGCGGGAAGGUGUUCGGCAGCGCCAGCGCUCUCAGCAAACACUGCCUGAGCCACAGCCAGGAGCGGCUGCACGUCUGCGCCGUCUGCAGCAAGGCCUUCAAGCGGCCGGACCACCUGAGCGGACACAUGUUGACGCAUCAGAAAAAAACCCCUUUCAUCUGCCCGGAACCAGACUGUGAGAAGAGUUACUGCAACCCCCAUUCGCUGCGGCGCCAUUACGGGCUGCGGCACAGCUGCAGGGAGGCUCCUGCCGGCGAGGAACCCUCGCUCCUUCCCGCUCCGGGUAGCCAAGGUGGUGGGAAAUCAGCGGAGGGACGUCUUCCGUGCUCGGAAUCGGGCCCUUUCCCACCCGAAAGUGACCUGCUGAGGGACAUCGUGAGUCAGAAUUGUCCCGUAGGUGCCUUCCCCUCCGCAGAACACGCGGACGCCGCCUCGCCAGGGCCCAGCCGGGCCUCCCGCCUCACGUCUGACGGCAGCGGGCUGGCGGAGGAUGAUUUCUCGCGGGAUUGCUCCUCGUGCCAGAGGGAUGCCGCUUCUUCCAGUGUCACAAAUCCCACCGAGGUGCCUGUGGUUGCACCGUGGGAGAACAUGGCGAUUGAUCUCACCACGGUGUCUUUUAUUUCGGAGCCUGCGGGGCUGCAGCCUUGUCCUGACAGCACCCUGCCAUGUUUUCCUGCCCCCCGAAAACCUGAAAACCGCUCGAGUGAUAACUUUGAGUGCAUGAGAAACGUGCCGGUGUGUGCUAAAUCCGAGAGGAACAGCGUCUGCCUUGCUUGCGAGCCGCCUGCCGCAGCCGACGAGCGUCCGGAUGCUUCGCCUGUCCCUGCUGCGCCACUUAAAGCCAAAGAGGAUGCGCUGAGCGAGCCGGCCCUGGGUUGUUUUGAGGAAAUCUUUCAAUCAGCGGAACCCCACGCCUCCUGCCCGCUGGAGAACGCCGAGGAGCCGAGUUUUCCGGAGGUUUCGAAGCGUGACGAGGGCGGGCAGCUCUUCCCCAAACCCCCGGAGCCCGCUGCAUGCCCGGGGCCGCUGCAGAUGCCGCAGCAGCACCUCUUCCAGGCCAUCGCUGACUCUCCGCUGGCUCCAUCCCCACCGGCAGCUCCGGGGGCCGCGUGCCUGGCAGCAAACCUGCUCCGACAGCCACGGCCUGCCUUCGCCUCCCAGCGUCCGCAGCCGACGGGGUACCAAGGGCUUUCCACGCACCUCCGACAGGCCGUUCCCUGCUCCCACCAGCCAGAAAACGAGCUUUCUACCUUGAAAAAAGAGAAGAGUAACGACGGUAGCGCCGAGACAGCCAGGAAAGCGCCGGCGAGGACCGGCUGGUCCUGGCGUCCGCCGGCCAGCCGCAGGGAGAAGCUGGCUGCCCCGAGCCAGGUGGCCAUGGCGUCCUUCCCCGCGGCUCCGGUGCCGCGCCGGCUCACCAUCUUCAACAGGAUUCAAGGUGGCAACAUCUACACCCUGACACACGCAGCGGAGGGAGCUCGCUCGCCGGCCGGCCGCGACAGCACCGGUGCCGCUCCGGUGGACGGCAGCGGCUGCGAAAGCGAUGUUCUCUGCCGGAGCUGCCUUCGGCCCCGUUCCACCGGGAAGGGCCUGGAGAGCCACGGGCGUUUUGGCGGUGAGCGCUGGCACUCAGCGCAAGGGAAGGAGGAGCAGCAGGUGUGCCACGCAGGAGGUGCCAGCCACCUCUGGCUCCCCGCGGCCGGAGAUGGGAACCAGCCCUCCAAACCCUGGAUGCCAUCAGGGAACGUGCCGGUGGCUCCUCUGGUCAUUCCCGUCUCUGUUCCGGUGUCGGCUACGAGCUCACCAGCCGGGAAUGAGGUUAGCGGGAAGGACGGCGUGGAUGGGAAGGACCCGGGAGCCAACCUGCACCACCAAAUGAAGCUGCUGCGGCCAAAAUCCCUUUUCAUCCCUCCUCCGGCGGCCCCCCGACGCCCCGCCGGGGCUGGGAGGUGCUACCGGAGCACCCUCCGCUCGCCCACCAUCCUGGUGGAUCACCUGCUGCGGGACUUGCUCCAGCGCUCCCCCUACACGCCCCCUCCCAUGCUCAGCCCCCUGCGGGAAGGAUCUGGCCUCUAUUUCAGCACCCUCUGCUCGUCCUCCGCCCGCGGUGAUCCCGGCCGGCUGCUCAGCACCGUCCUAGGCGGAGCGUCUGGGGACCUUGGCCUUUGUCUCAUGAACGAGACCACCAAAGUCAGCGUCCAGCCCCACAUCAACAUUGGGAGCCAGUUUCAGGCAGAGAUACCGGAGCUCCGGUGUGGAUCCAGCCUGGAAGAGGACGGAGAGGCAGGGCUCUUGGUGUGGAAGCCCUGGGGAGACAUCGCCACUAACCCAGCCACGCAGGACAGAGUAACCGAACUGCUCCACGUGGCCUGCUCCAGCGCCGUGCCGGGGGGAGGAAUGAACCUGGAGCUGGCCCUGCACUGCCUGCACGAGGCGCAGAGCAACGUCCUGGAGGCUUUGGAGAUGCUGCUUUUUGGGGUGCCGCAGAAAUCGGGAUCUCAUCCGCUGGCUGAUUAUCACUACACAGGUUCGGCUGCUUGGAGCUCUCUGGAGAAGGACCUGUUUGAAGAGGCGCUCGCUGCCCACGGGAAGGAUUUCCACCUGAUACAGAAGAAGGUUGUUUGGAACCCGCAGCGGCUUUGCCUCCUGUGGAAGGAAGACGGGAAAAUGAAGCGGAAGAGGGAGAAAAAGAUGCCCCGCGACGCAGGCAGCACAUCCCACCGUCGGGACGAGGCUCAGUGCCAGGCUGGAAGUGCCGACAACCAGAGCAUGUUUCCCUGCAGCCUGUGUGGAAGGGUAUUUGAGAAGAUAAAAGGGAGGAACGCUCAUAUGAAGAAGCACCGCCCGCAGGUGAAGCCGCCUGAAGACGAAAUGGUUCCAGAAGCAUCUGGAAGCGGCGUCGAAGCUGGACAAGACCCAAAGGCUGCCGGCUGCUUCUGCUACUGA